AUGGCCCUGGUCGUUUUUUACUCUAUAACAUGCAACCGUCUGUGGCUGUCUCAUUCACUACCGAGUAAGGCAAUAACAUAUACGGACAAUCCCCUGCUUUUCGACCUUCCAAGCAAUAUAACCACCACUGUGGUCAUCGAUCCUACGCAAGAUAUGGAAAGUGCCAGAAUUUCACACCUCACCUUUGCUGGCAUUUCCAGCACUGUGGUUGGCAUCGUUGUUCAACAGACCUUGGCGAACCCCCACACUGGUUCAUACCACGAACACGCGCGGGCUGGGGUAGACUCCCUUCAAAAAUGGUACAACCAGACUACAGGACUAUGGAACACUGCGAGCUGGUGGGUAAGCGCAAACUGCCUGACCGUGCUUGGUGACAUGACAGAGCUCGACCCAUCCAUGCUGAAUUCCAGCAAGGCGAUCUUUCAUAACACACUGAGCCAUGCACCGUCCUUCAAGUCGGAUCAUAAUUUACGCACCGCGAUAUCGACAGUGCGGGCCCAGGAUCUUAUGCACAGCGCCAACGAAGGAGCUUCCGAUAACUUUAUCAACGGCUUCUACGAUGAUGAAGGAUGGUGGGCGCUGGGUUUCAUCCAGGCCUAUGAUGUGACGCACGACGCGCGGUAUAUCACUGCGGCCGCCGAUAUCUUCGACGACAUGACGACAGGAUGGAACGCUACUUGCGGUGGUAUCUGGUGGGAUAAAGCUCACACGCAGAAUGCCGCCAUUGCGAAUGAGAUAUUCCUCAGUGUUGCCGCACACCUGGCACGACGCCUACCAGAACAAAAAAGCCAUUAUAAGGACUGGGCGCUGAAAGAGUGGAAAUGGUUCAAAUCGAGCGGUCUCAUCAACAGCCAGAAUACCAUCAAUGAUGGACUGGACCUGAAGACCUGCAAAAACAACAAGAAGACAGUGUGGUCAUACAACCAAGGCGUCAUUCUCGGGGGACUGGUCGAACUCUUCAAGAUAUCUGGCGAUAAAUCGUUAUUAUCGACGGCGCAUCGGAUUGCCUCUGCUGCUAUCAAGGCACUCAGCGAUGAAACCGGCAUCCUUCGCGAAUCCUGUGAUCCGAACUGCACAGGAGACGCAACUCACUUCAAGGGCACUUUUAUGAGAAACCUACAGCGUCUAGAACAGGAAUCCGCCAGUCAUGAGAUCCGAAGGUUCUUAAAAAGAAAUGCAGACAGCAUCUGGGCAAAUGACAGGGGAUCUGGUUACACAUUCGGGUCGGCGUUUGCUGGUCCAUACUCUCCAGCGAAUGCAUCAACCCAGAGCGCGGCAUGUGAUGCUUUAGUAGCGGCUGCUGCGAACCCUGUCAGACUUCAUACCCCGUUCUCAUUCCAGGCUCUGCUUGAUGGUAUCCGCUGCCGUCUCCGUAACAGCAAGCACACGUAUAUUCGCGGUGCUACAUACCUUGAGCUCUGGGUUGAUAACACGUCCAGCUUCGCGUGGCAUCAUAACAACAGUUCCCGAUAG